AUGAGCAAGUUCUCUCGCAUCGCCCAGUCUACUCAACCGGGAGGUGCAUAUCCUGGCGCGCCACCCCCGCAGCCGCCGUACCCCUCUCAACCGCCUUAUAUUCAGCAACAGCCGCAACAACAGCCACCUCCAUCGCCAUACAAUCAACCUGCUCUUCCUCCCAGGCCAGGUGCAUCACCUCAACCCUACCAACCUCCGCAGUGGCAAGCGCCCCAACAACAACAGCCACAGCCCCCGUACGGUCAGCAGCAACAAGGAGGAUAUCAAUCACCACAGCCAGCAUAUCAGUCAUACCAGUCGCAGUACCAACCGCCACAGAACCAAUAUGGGCAACAGCAGUAUCAACAGCAACAGCCAACUGGUGGAUAUGGAUAUGGCCAGCAACCUCCCUACCCCGGCGGUCCCGCUCCCGGUGGUCCUCCUCAGCAGUAUGGCGGUGGUCCCCCUGGCGGCGCCCCUGUAGCUCCAGUGGGCAACGCAGGCGCAUACAAGCAGCUUCUCCAAGCCACCAUUCAAGAGAAAGGACUUCAAAACUUCUACCCACCCGGUCAUCCGAUGCUUGACCAGAUCGCUAACCGCGCCGCUCAACAAGUCGCUCAAUUGGCCGCAGCAUGGCGAAUUUCUCCCGAAAUAGCCUCUGAUAUUGUCAAAUUGGCCCUCUACGACGUCAUCUUGUACAUUGAUGACAGCGGAUCCAUGCAAUUCGAAGAGAACGGUGAGCGCAUUGAUGACCUGAAGUUGAUAUUGUCGCGCGUCGCCUUUGCUACUAGCCUCUUCGACGACGACGGUAUUCAAGUCCGCUUCAUGAACUCUCCGGACCAGGGCAACAACAUUCGCAAUGAGCAACAAGUUAACGAGAUGAUUGCACGCACCCGCUUCUCGGGCCUUACCCCCAUGGGUCGCGAAUUGCAGAACAAGAUUCUUGGCCCUCUUGUGCUUGAGAAUGCUCGACGUGGAACUUUGCGCAAGCCCGUUUUGGUUAUCACCAUCACAGACGGUCAGCCUACAGGGGAAAGCUCGGCGGAUGUGGCCAAGAUUAUCUCCUCGGCGUCGAGCGAGUUGGCACGUAACCCACGGUACGGCAAGGGAGCACUGGCAUUCCAGUUUGCACAAGUGGGCAACGAUCUGAAGGCGAGGGAGUUUCUGAGCAAGCUCGACGAAGAGCCUUCGAUCGGUGAUGUCAUUGAUUGCACGUCCAACUACGAGGUCGAAGCCGACGAAAUGUCUCGUGCUAACCCACCCGUUCAACUCUCGCCCGAACUCUGGCUCAUCAAACUCCUGCUCGGUAGUAUCGACUCAAGCUACGACACCAAAGAUGAGAAAGCUGGCGCACGACCUCCUCAAGGUGGUCCCGGCGGCUACGGAGGUCCUCCAGGUGGCGGCUAUGGUGCUCCUCCGGGACAAUAUGGUGGCGCUCCAGGUGGAGGAUACGGACAGCCUCAAGGCGGGUAUGGUGCACCUCCCCCUGGGCAGGGUGGAUAUCCCGGUCAACAGGGUGGUUAUGGCCAACCUCAGGGAGGCUAUGGACAACAACCACCGGGUGGGUAUGGGCGACCUCCUCAGGGUGGACCACAGGGAGGAUAUCCCCCGCAAGGAGGAUAUCCGCCGCAGGGCCAAGGUGGCUAUGGGGCGCCUCCACCACCAAGAUACUAG